AUGGCAUUCUUGCGGACCUUCGCUGCCCUUGCCAUCUUGGCAGCAAGUGCCAACGCCCUCCUCAUCACCAACGAAACCUCCUCCCGGUUGACACUCUCCAACAAUGACUUGACAGUCUCCCUCAACAAAUCCACCUCCCACAUCGACACCCUCACCCUCUCCGGCCAAAACCUCCUCGGCACUCAGUCUGGAUCCACAGGCAUAGGCCCUUACCUCGACUGCUACUGCACUCCCUCUGGCGCCUAUACUCCCGGCCGCAUCGCACCACAGUAUACUCUCCUCUCCGGCACCGAUGCCACAAACACUUCCUGGGGCGCGAUCGUCUUAACAGAGACCUACCCCUCAACCAAUCAGACCCUCUCCCAAUACUGGUUCCUCCGCGAUGGCGAGACGGGUCUGCAUACCUUCAGUCGUUUGACAUAUCAUAACGCCUCUCAACCGUUGUUGCGAAACCUCCAGGAGUUCCGAACGCUAUUCCGCCCCAACACUAGGCUCUGGACUCAUCUGAGCACAAACGAGCGCCAGUACGCUCCCUUACCAUACCACAACCCGGCCGCCUCCGAUCCGGGCAACGCUAUAACAGUCCAAGACGCAACAUGGUACCUCCCCAACGCCUCCGACCCCUACGUUCUCGCCGAAUCGGAUUACUUCACCAAGUACACCUUCUCCGACACAUGGCGCGACCAUAAAGUCCACGGUCUCUUCUCUGACGGAUCCACUUCCGCUGAUGGGAGUACGUUCGGCGCCUGGUUCGUCAUGAACACCAUCGAUACGUACAAUGGAGGACCAACGCAUUCGGACCUGACGGUGGAUGGGAUUGUGUAUAAUUACAUUGUGAGCAAUCACCAUGGCAAUCAGGUUCCGAAUAUUACGGAUGGAUUUGAGAGGACUUAUGGGCCGGGUUAUUAUCACUUCAACAAGGGUGCUGCGGAUGCGAGUUUGGAGGAGUUGAGGCAGGAUGCGGAGCGGUAUGCGGAUCCUGAGUGGAACGCGGAGUUCUAUGAUUCGAUAGCGAAAGUUGUGCCGGGGUAUGUACCGAGUGCUGGGAGAGGAGCGUGGAGUGGGAAGGUCGUGUUGCCGAAAGGUGCGAUGAGGCCGGUGGCGAUUCUGACAGAGAGUGGGAGGAAUUGGCAGGAUAAUGUUUUCGAGCCGGAUACGUAUCAGUACUGGGCUGAUGUUGAUGCUGGGACUGGGGAAGUUGAGAUUGGAAGGGUGAAGGCUGGGACGUAUCGGCUCACGGUAUAUGCUGAUGGGGCGUUUGGACAGUUUGAAGUCGAUGAUGUCGUUGUGGAAGCUGGCAAGACUACCACGACAGAUGUGGCAUGGACUGAAGAGUCUUGGGGAGUUGAGCUGUGGCGAAUUGGCACGCCAGACAAGAGCAGUGGUGAGUACAGGCACGGCUACCAGCCAGACCCAGAUCACCCGCUUCAUCCCGAGGAGUAUCGCAUCUACUGGGCAGUGUACGACUUUGUGGACGACUUCCCUGAAGGCGUGACCUUCGAGGUCGGAAAGGACAACGUGACUGAGGAUCUCAACUACGUCCACUGGAGCGUCUUCGGCGGCUAUGCGAACUCAAUCCGAACAGAGCCAUACUAUGGUGACGGCAAUGUCAACAACUGGACCGUACUCUUUGACGUGUCCGACACCCAGAUCAGGAACCACUCGCAGGCCACAUUGACAGUGCAACUGGCGGGCGCAAAGACCGCUGCUGGCAACACCGAUGUCUUCAACGUUACCCAGCCUUACUCGAAUCUGCCAUUCGUGGUCAAUGUGAAUGGGGACGAUCUAGAGCCGUGGACCAUCCCGUACAACCAAAGCAGUUCCUGUGCAGUGCGAUCCGCUGUAAUAUGCUACAACAUUGCACACAAGUUUGUGUUCGAUGCCAGCGUCCUGAAAGGUGGCCAGAAUGAGCUGAUCUUGAGCUUGCCUUUCAACGCGACGGACUAUGAGUCGGCACUGUUGCCAGAGUCGGUGUAUGUGCAGUACGAUGCAUUGCGGCUGGAGAUCCGUUAG